UCGGUGCCAAAUAAAAAAAAAAACCCACCGUCUUCCCGUCUUCCGCUUCCUGGGCGGCGCACCGCGGUUCUUUGGCGCGUGGGGAACAACGAUGAGCUCAGUCUCGGACCCCCAGGCGAACGGCGACCACCGGCCGCCGGCGGCGGAGAUGGAGGACACUGGGGUGAAAGUCGAGGAGGCGGAUGCGGGUGAGACGAUGGAAGGCGUCGCGUCCAUCGCGCUACUGCCGUCCGGCGCCAUCUCCGGCCACUUCAUCCGCCUCCCGGACUCCGUCUGCUACGGUCUCCACGGCACACCGAUAUCUUGUGAGAGGGAGUGCAGUCGAGGAGAAGAUUACCGCCUGAUAAAGCUUUCCAUAAUUGAUUUUAAGAACAAGCGAGAGAAGGUGGCUGUGGUGGAAUGCAGGGGCCAUGAUGCUGCUCGGUUGCAAAACAUUGACCAUUUGCAUGGUUGGGAAGAUGACAUUGUUGGUUUGGUUGAAAAGAAACAUGGGAAUCGGAAAUUCUCGAUCUCUUUCGAAUGUGAGACACUGAAGGCUGAUAAAGCUGCAGAUGAGCACAUUAGCAAGUAUAUGCCAAAUCUAAGUGGAAUGGAUGCCAUCGUAAAUAUAGGGAAAAUGAGUAUCUCUGGCAUCAAUCUGGACGAGGACGACGAACCAAGUGGAGACAACUAAAAGCAGAGGCACAUUUGUCAUGGUGUGGUAGCAGUGGCUGGCUGGCCCUUGUUCUCCUCCCUCCUUAGCUUUUGAAACCUCGCUUUUGAAACCUCGAAGAAGGCGUGACUGUGUGGUUACCAUCAAACGCCAAAAUUGCAUCCAAAAAUUACGUAUACCUUGGACAGUCGUCUGACAUUCUCAGUAAUCUGCUAAUGUUAAGUCAAUGUGGUUUGUGGAAUCGUGGGCAAGAUGUUUCAAGAAUUCAAGUACUCCUAAUCAAGUGUUUAGCGUAAUGUUUGUUGCUGCAUCCGACAAAAACCCUGGAGGGAUUGUACACUUCGGUUUGGUUCUGGUAAGAAGUGCAGUCCUUGUCUCUGCCGCUGCCACUACUA